UAAAUAUACACGCAGAGCCACUUGAUUCAUGCCAUGCAUGCACUGCACCACUGACACAGUCACAGAGCUCGUCCAUCCCGGCCGGCCAGCCGACAGCGCACCUGUACCUCUCAGCUCACGAGGCGUCGCACGCCGAUUUUAUUGCGGCCCAAAUUGUAAGUGAACUGAACUUAAUUCUGAAGGAAUCGUGAAUUUGCUACCUUGGAAAUCGAGCUGACACCAGGCAAGACCGUGCCGAUGUCGAGUUUCACUUUGAGGUUAAUAAAGGUGGCGGAUGCAAUGCUUAAAGCCUCGGCUUUAGCUAAUUAAUGAUCCCGGGAACUUUCACUGCUCAAAGACAGAUAUCCUGUUUACGGUAAAACUGAGUUGGCUCUGCUUCCUCCCCAUCCAUUGCGAUCAUCAUUAGCUAGUCUCACGCUUACUCCAAACUUCCAUCAAGAAAUGACUUUCACCGAGGUCUCAACCUGACGGAGAGAGAUAGGUUUAAGGGUUGACUGACUGGAUACAUAUAGGAGAGAGCAAACUCCAAUCUUUGGUUGGAGUAAAAAGUAAUUUUCGUGUUCUGUUAAAGCACAACCUUAAAGUAUCAUAUCACAGCACCAGAAGUAUUUAAUCCCUCUUCAGCACUUGAAACCAGACCCUGACUUGUUGAUAGACACCUUGAUCCUGAUAGCUUCAUUCAUGUAUACGUCGAACGCAAGCUUCCCAACAAGUCGACCACCUUUACUCCUCUCCUUAGAACUACAGUACCCAUCCCCCCUCCUCCUCAAACCAUCCCCGCCCUUUGCUCCGGGUCACCAGUCCCUAGUACGCCAUGGCGGAGCUCCAGUUUGAGAUCACUGACCUCCAUGGGGAUGGAGACUGUCGGGUCAACGGCAGCUACAACGGACACCAUCAUAGCAGUAGCAGUGAUGACGACGAUGAGGAGAUGCACAUUGAACCCCUGCUGGACUACUUGCUCAAGGAACCAGAUACACACAGUACACCUUUGAAGAAUGAGAAUAUUGACAAGACCAAGAAGAGAAGUGCCACAUCAGCCAGGAAGAAGUGGAGAUGGGCAUUCAGACGUGUCAGGCUGAUGAAUGAUCCUUGGAAGGAAUUCCAUCUGGAGGACCUUACCUCUGAGAAGGCCAUCAGGCAUCGCUAUAAUGCCAUCGACAAGACCUGGGUUCAGGAUCAAGUUGAGGUCAAGAUAACUUCAGAGCCCUUUGCCCAUGGAGCCAUGAGAGAGUGUUUUAGAAUGAAGAAGAAGUCUAACUUCAGCAAGGCUCAGAACUGGAAGAAUGCGGGUAACUUUGUAGCUAAGCGUUACAUGGAAACGGUGGAUCGAGAGGUCUACUUUCAGGAUGUUCGUCUUCAGAUGGACGCCAAGAUCUGGGGGGAGGAGUUCAACCGUCAUAAUCCUCCUAAGAAGGUGGAUAUCUUUCAGAUGGCAGUCAUAGAGUUCAUGGAUCGCCCUGGCAAGCCUUUGUUCCAUCUGGAGAGCUACAUAGAGGGAAAAUACAUGAAAUACAACUCAAACUCUGGUUUUGUUAGGGACGAAGCUCUCCGACUGACACCACAGGCAUUCAGCCAUUUCACCUUUGAGCGUUCAGGUCACAAGCUCAUUGUUGUAGACAUCCAAGGUGUGGGUGAUCUGUACACCGAUCCUCAAAUCCACACCUCCACUGGCAAGGAAUACAACGAUGGUAACCUUGGAUGCCGUGGGAUGGCGCUCUUCUUCGCUACCCAUGCCUGCAAUGAGAUCUGUGAUCACUUAGAGUUGACACAGUUUGACCUCCACACCUCGGAGUUCAGUGAUCAUGAGAAAUAUAUCAAGCUUCAGAAAAGCUCUAAUACCAUCUGCCGAGGUACCGAGAACCGGGUCUUCAAACCUCGCGCCAGGCCCUCCAUCUCCCCCCUGGACAUGACCCAGUUUGUCAUCUUUGAGCGGUCCAACUCCCAGAUGUCAACAGGGUCUACCAACUCCAGCGUAGUCUUAUCUCCUCUUGCCGAGUCCCCUCCCAGGCGCAUUUCCUUCCAGGAGCUCCCUUCAUCACCAGACGACGUCGCCAUGUCGAUGUCUCCACCUCCAAGCAUGCUGAAUCAGUUCCGGAGGACGGCACGGUUUAGGCUGGAUUCGGAGAGCGAGACGCUGUCUAACGAUGAAGAAAAAAGGGCCAAAUUUCUGGAAAGGAAUGUGAACCACAGACCAUCCUGUGUGAACCUGGAGGUUCAAUUGAGAAAGAAUCUCUUGAUGACCAGCACCGGAGGAUCCAUCCUAGGACAGAUUCAUCUGGAUAUGGCUAAAUACCAUGAGCUUGGACGUUUUGUGGCGGAUGAUAACGACCGUAACAUGGAGGCCGCCCUCUAUCAUCUGCGUCAUGCUGCGGAUUGUGGUGUCCUUGAGGCUAUUCAAGCCAUGGCCAGGAUAUGCCUCCAGCUGAGCCAUGAUGUACUCACAGAGGUGACCGUACCGGAUGAUGAUGAUUACAUCAAUGAGGGAAUGGAAUACAUGGAGACAGCCGCUGUGGCAGGGGAUAGAGCAGCCAUACUGAUCGUGGCCAGAGCCUACGACACCGGGUACAACCUCGGAAGUGCAAGACAAAAGUCCUGGUUGGAGGCCAUGCACUGGUAUGAAGAAGCCGUCACCACGGAGACUCCUGAUGAAGACGGCCAUUUUGAUUCCACUAUGGACGAUCCAAACUACCUGAUCCAGGCUAGGAUGGCUGAAAUGUAUCGUUAUGGAGGACCAGAUCUUGAUAAGAAACCUGAAAAAGCUGCUGAGCUUUACAAUGAAGCUGCAGAAGGAGCAAUCGCUGCCAUGAAAGGUCGCCUCUCCAACAAGUACUACAUGCUCUCUGAGGAGUGUUACGGUGAGAUGGAGGAAGAGUAAAGAGGCUCAUGGGGAAGCCGUAUCACUCCUCUUGUAUAUUGUAUUCAUCCUACUGUGGCUCCCCCACUCCUACAAGCAAAGUUUUAUGUGGGGUUGAUAUGUCUGACCUUUCACAAU